AUGUCCCAGUUAUUCUGCUGUACCAACGUCCAACCCAUCAACGCCCCAAAGCCCGACCACGAACACACCUUCAACGAGUUCACAAAAUGGGCAAAAAUCACAAUAACUAAUCUCCCAGACUCAACUCCCCCUCCCAAUACCAGCCUCGGCAUCCAGCUAGUUCAACAGGCCACCGAGGGCCCGAUAGAGUCUGUCCGGUAUUUCGUAGCAACAGACAAGCCCGGCGAUUUCGAAGAAUUCUCCGAGGAAGGGAUCCUGAAUGCGAAUUUCGCCAAAGUAAAUGAGCGUCAAACCUUCCAGUGCAAUCAACACAGCCAAACCUUUUACCUCAACCUAUACGAGCGGGGCGAAAAUGCGAACUCGCACCACUGGCGAGCGAAUAUCGCCAAGCCGUUGAAGAAGCUGGAGCAUGCAUUCAAAUCCAAAACCCAGUCUGGCUUCGACCCUAGAUCAGCUUUGCGAGCAUGGGGAUCUGUGAGAUCUAAUGGCCCCCGAGCCAGCUCGGCAUAUGAGUAUGCAUAUGGCCUCGAGUGGGAAUCACACUUGGGAUCUGACUGGGGAUCUGAUUGGGGGACGGGGAAUUUGGAUAUUACCGACAAGGAUGUGGCGUCUUUGACGAAGGUGGAGAUUGGGUCUAGUGAUUCUGACAGUGAGGAUCCUGGACAGGAUCUUGCAGUACCUUUAUCUAAUGAUGAUGAAGCUAACAAUGGGGUUGAAGAUGGUGAGCAGGCUGACUCUGAAGAUCAAGGUGUGUCUUCGCCGACUCUUGAUGAUGAGGCUGUCGACGAGAGUUCCUCGGGAGAUGACGAGACGAUGUCAUACUCGUCGUCCGAGAUACAAGCUAUUGUCCAAGAUAGUAUCGUGGAGCAGAGCUAUUUGGAUGUUGAGGACUAUGGCUUUUAUGAUUCUGGGCUGUCUGCGGAUGACUAUGGUGGUUACCAUUGUGAUGGGUCGGAUCAGGACUUGAUCUAUAUCAUGAUCUACUGA